AUGAAAUGGGCUCUAUUUUACUUAAUUUGUUUACCGGUUUGUUGGGGGGUGCCGCUUCCGGGGAUUUCUUUAUCUUCAUCUGAUAAGGAUCAUGAUCAUAAGGAUCUCAAGAAAUUUCGAGGGAUGAAGUCAUGGAAUUUCUUUGACGGAGACCAUCACUCGAACACGGAUAUACUAUCACCAUCACGCAAAGAUACAGAUGUUGAUAUCGAUAUAACCAAGACGGGUCAACAUCCGCUCACGCUACACCAACCAUCGGAAGACCCGGACUAUACGUCCAACUCAAAUCCCAACUCUCACCAUACCAACAAUAUCAACAACGCCAACCUUAACAAUAAUAAUCAUAAUAAUGAUAACAGCCCAACAACCCACGGAACCUUCCUCACCACCCCAAAUACACCUCCAACACAAAUCCCACCCUCAACAACAAAACGCUACCUCCGCGUUCUCCACGACACACAACUACCCACCAACUUCCUCAAGAACCACAUGCAUGAGAUUGUCGUCGUUGGGUUAUUCCUCCUCAUUCCCGUUACUCUGGCACUGGUGGAGAUUAUCGAAAGGAUUGGAUUGGGCGUUGACGAGGGUGUUGAACUUGAAGAUUACCUAGAGCUGGAGAGGGGAAGGGGGAUGAUUCGACGGGGAAGAAGGAGGGUAUUCAGAAAGAAGAGAGGGAAGAAGAAGAAGAAGCCGACAUCUAUCCUGGAGAUGGAUGUGGAAGAUCAAGUAUUCUUACGGUGA